GUGGCUUGCACAUGUGUGUUUCCCAUACAUUCAAUAAAAAACAAGCAAUCUGCGCGCAGUUCACUGACUGGGAGAACAAUUGUCUUCUGGAAGUCAUGGCACCGCAUUGAUGACCUAAAUAUAAGAUAUUUUUGCAAGGAUGCUGGUGUACAGUGGAUAGCAGGAACUGAUCUUUUAGAGAUGCACCGAUCACUCGCUUCUUGUCCAUGGCUUGAAAAUGUUUGUCUAUGGUGGUGAAUUUGACUGGAAAAGGACACACGUAAGCCAGCAGUGUGAACACCUUCUGUGGAACGUUCACAGGGUGGUCAAGCAAGCUAACUGAUGAAAAUGGAUAAGGUUGCUCUCUCACUUCCUGUAAACAUCUGACGUGCCACAAAGUUAUAGCAGCACUGCAUAGGUAUUGUAAAGAAUGCCGGCAGGGUUAUAAUGGUUUUGAGUUAGAGGUCUUUAAUCGUACACAGUGAAGAGGAUCUACAUGCCUGCCAGUGACUGAUUCUCAGAUCUGGGUCAGCCUUGCCCGACUGCGUGCCUAUCUGCCUGCCAGCGGCAGCAUGUCUCGGGGUGAGCUGAUCGAACUUAAGGAGCUGAGCCUGGAUGACCGGAUCGAGCUGACCUCCCCUCCGCCUGCACCCCGCACACCUCGCCUGGAGCGGGUCAACGCGCUACGCAUCAGCCCAGGGAAGGUUCCGGAGCUGCUGAGCAGGGUGCGGAUUAUUCGGCUCCUGGGGGAGAGCGUAGACCCACAUCUCACCGAUCAGACCGGGGAGGGACACGACUUCCAGCCGUACACCCACGCCCACCCUAGCUGGUGUGACCUGUGUGGUGAUUUCAUCUGGGGUCUAUACAAGCAGAGUCUGCGCUGCACCAAUUGCAGGUUCACCUGCCAUUAUCGCUGCCGGGCUCUCAUCCAAUUAGACUGCUACUCUGGACGCAUUUCUUUCACAGACCAAUCAGAUAAUGUGGAGGACACCAUAGAAACAGACACCAAUGUGGAUGAGCAGAUCGAGUGGAGGAAGCAGGAGCUUUCUAUCAGUGAGAUUGAGCAGAAAGUGAAGGAGUACAACGCGCAGAUCAACAGCAACCUUUUCAUGGCCCUUAACAAAGACGGCUCUUACACCGGCUUCAUUAAGGUCCAGUUUAAGCUGGUGCGGCCCGUGUCCGUGCCCCCCCCGCGGAAGGGGACCGCGCCCCAGGAGGGGGGCCGGCGGGCCACGGGGGUGAAGCGGCGCACCUCCUUCUACCUGCCCAAGGACACGGCCAAGCACCUGCACAUCAGCUCGCGAACCCGGGCUCGCGAAGUCAUCGAGGCGCUGCUCAACAAGUUCACUGUGGUGGAUAACCCGCGCAAAUUCGCCCUGUUCGAGCGCAGCGAGCGCCAUGAUCAAGUGUACCUGCGGAAGCUGGGUGAUGACGAGCGGCCGCUGCUCCUGCGUCUGUGUGCGGGGCCCAGUGAGAAGGCCCUCAGCCUGGUGCUGAAGGAGAAUGAGACAGGAGAGGUCAACUGGGAUGCCUUCACCGUGCCAGAGCUGCACAACUUCUUGCGUAUCCUGCAGCGUGAGGAGGAAGAACACGUGAAGCAGAUAGUGCUGCGUUACGCCCGUGCCCGCGACAAGAUGCAGCAGGUGCUGGCCACCAGCACACCCGGCUGACGCACACUUUGGCGCACUUCCGACUGGUGGCCACCAGAGGGCCACCUGUCAUCCCUAAAUCCAAAGAUCCCAGCUGACCGUGUGUAAGGACAGGGCAGUGACACCACAGUGGUGCCAGGCCUCUGCGAGAGAGAGUGAGAAUUAUGAAGUGCCUUCGACCUAGAGAGAAUGAGUUGUUCUUGUGAGAGAACGAGCGAGAGAGCGAGCGAGACUGUGGCUUUAGUGAAGUCUAGCUGUACCCAGUUGUGUCAGCCCCGUUUAGACUCACGUUUCACCUCCAGCACUUAUUGUAAACACGGAUUUGUUUUCUGCACUGAAGUGGCACAGAAUAGUGCUGUGAAGCUGCUGCUGCUGCGGCUGUUGUUACCACCUGAUCCCUACUCCUGCAACUCCCCUGACCCCCAAUAGGCCUGUGGAGACCGAGUGGCAUUUUCAAUGCUGUGAGUGACAGGAGUGUAUUGGGACAGUUGUGUGAUUGACAGUGUGAUGUGUGGAUGUGAAGUCUGACCCUAUUGCAUUCAUUGCCAGGACUAAUAGAGCCCAGAGUUCUGGAAACCUGAGGCAUUGCUGAACUGGAAAUUGGUGCUACUUACCUAAAGGGGUGGGGUGGAAUUGGAUCUUCAGUCCCUUAAUUAUGGUUGGAAGAUGAAGUAUGACUGACCUAUGACAUGUGACCUCUAAUACCUUUUAUUCACCAUUCUGUUUCUGUACUGUUUUCUUUUUCAUCUUUUUGCCCAUUAUGUGUUGUUCUGUAACUUUUAUUUGGGGAUGAAAUCUCAGUACAUUACUUAUCUGUUUUUCAUGGUUCUGGGAGAACCCCCCACCUCCCAACUACUGCUAUAUUUGUUAAUUGUUCUGCCUUUCUUUCCCACAUCUUCUGUUUCUUACCUGUUUAAGCAGUUUUAACUGUUUGAAGUAUUUCUUACAAAAUUAUAAGUGAACUAUUCUAGAGAGAAUGUACACAAUAAAUGAAUUCCCCCACCCAAA